AUGAGCGGCCCGAAGAGAGGCUCGUCUCGGAUCCUUUCGGCGGGCUCGAGCCCCGGUCCCGCGGCGGAAGCGGCCGCGUUCGCCGCCCGGAUCCACGUCCUGGAGCGACUCCUGACGGAACGAGACGACGCGAUCGCCGAACUCCGCGGUCGCCUGGAUCAAUACCGAGCCGUCCUCCGAAGCGUCGCCGAGCAGACGAGCGAGAACUUCGUGAACGUCUCGAAGAAACUGGAGUCCGUCCAGACGGAACUCCUCGGCCUCGGCUGCAACGGGAUGAUGCUGUUGGGCUCCGCCGGGACUUCCGCCUUCGAGUCCGUCUGGGACUCGAAGGCGAAACGCGUCGCCGUCUCCGGGGAACCCCCCCGCUUGGAUCCCGGCCUCUCUCUCCACGAAUUCCUCCGGACUCAUCCCCUCGUCAAAGUCCCGAAGGAACAAAGAUCGAAGGAGCUGAUCAAGACGGCGAUCCUGAACAACGACUUCAUGAAGAACCUGGAAGGGGGUCAGAUCGGCGAGAUCGUGGAUUGCAUGUACCCGGUGGAAUCCCCCAAAGGGGCUCUGCUCAUCCGGGAAGGGGACAUCGGGAACAAAGUCUACGUCAUGGAG